GUGCAGUAAUAUAAAUCGCGAGGGGCGUUAAUAAAAUCACUAGGUCAUUGCCCAAGCCCACAUAGUACAAGAUCUGCUAUUGAUUCGGGUGCGCGCUGAGUGCAGAAGUUGAUUUAUCGAUCAAGUUGAUCCCUGUUCAGUUCACGUCUUUUCAGAAAUGGAGAUUUGCGCUGUCUGCGGCGAUCACUCUACCGGCCGACAUUAUGGUGCGAAUACCUGCGAGGGUUGCAAAUUGUUCUUCAAAAGAAGUAUCAAGAAACGUUUGUAUUACACUUGUAGAGUAGCAGGAUGCUGUCCGGUAAACAAGCGGUACCGUAAUAGCUGUCAAUACUGCAGGAUGAGGAAAUGCCUUCGUGUGGGAAUGAAGAGAGAAGGUGAGAAUUAUUAAAACGACAUUUAUUUUCCUUUCAUGAUUUAAUUGUCUUGCAUGGUUUGCCUCGCAGUAGGAAAAUAUGAUUUCUGAAUGGUGUCCAAAUUUGCUCACUGAACCUUAUUUUCAAGGUAACGACGGCUGACUAAAGCUUUUAUAUAAAUCAGUUACAUUGAGUUUUUUGGUGUGAAGAGAGACAAAAAGGCACAUCUGCAGUUUCAGUUUUAUUUAGGCUUAUAUUUUUUAAUCAAAUCUGUUUUCCAAGGUUUAAGAGAAGUUGAAAGAGGGUUUAAGUUGGAACCAUUUAAUAAAGCUAAAAUAUAAACUGGAAUGAAAAAUUUUCUUGAUCUUGCUGAACCUUUUUGUCGUCAAGACGCAAGUAACGGGCAUUUUUUCGUAAAAUAUAUCAUAUAUUUUUUUUAACUUAAUUAAGGAUUUGUUAAUAACAAAAUGAAAUGUGAGGUAAACAUAAGCUUUAAAACCAGACAUUUCUUUAUGAUUUUAGAAUGUUAUUUUCGUUUUUUAUUUUGCGUAAAAAUGUUAUAGUGGGCUUAUUUCAGAAACAGGAUGCUGUGCAUCGUUCCGCAAGUUUAAUUUCAAAAAUAAAGCAUGCAUGGGCGUUCCUUUUUGAGUCGUUGGAGAGAAAGGAAAAACAUAAUUUUGCAUGAAUGUUUUGUUUGCUUUUAAGCUGUACAACAAACAAGAGCGCAAGAUGUCGAAAAAGGAAGGAAAAGGGUCCGGCGGCAACAGAUGAAGGGUGAAAUUCGCCGAGAGACUGACUUCGUUUCGUUGUCUGAUUUUGUUUAUCAUCUGCAAGCGGUGGAACCUUAUCAAACGCCGCAAACGAAAAGCGAAGCAAGGUCGAAUCAGGAGAAAAACAUCCCUUACGACCUCGGUUCCAAUGUCGCUACAAAAUUACCGGUGCAAGAGAACUCAACAGAAAUCGCCGCGCGUCUCCUGUUUAUGUCGAUUCACUGGGCAAAGAACGUUCGCCACUUUGCAGAACUCUCUCAUUACGACCAAGUUAUGCUUUUACAAGAAAACUGGUGCAAGAUAUUCGUGAUUAACCUAGUUCAGUGGGCCAUGCCAUUCGAGUUGGCGCCUAUAGUGGCUGAAGUCGUGGAAAAAACACCUCGGGAACACCUGGAUCGAGUUCUUCAUAACAUUGGGAAGUUGAAUGAAGCUGUUUUUAAACUUGUACAGCUGGAGUUAAACCGGGCUGAGUUUACUCUUCUGAAGGCUUUGGUGCUAUUUAACCCAGGUAAGCUGAGAAAAGAUUAUUUUUGUCCGUUUAUGUAUAAAACUUAAUGAGGAAAAAUACGGUUCGACUGCCACGCAUAAAACUGUCGUUUAAUUUUAUUGAGCUCUGUGCUAUACCCAGACCUUUUGACCUAUUACUAUUAAAGUACUUUUCUUUUCUGACUUGUGUCUUUUUUUCAGUUCGACAUCAGUAUCUUCGUAAAUUAACUAACAAUUGCGUUCAAAACUGGCAAUAUUAUAAUACAAGAAUACUUAUCGGCUUCUUCAAAUUAUGAUAUGAUAUUCCAAAGUGAACGAGACGUGUUAAAGUGUCAAAACUUAUCUGAAGGGCUUUUUAGAUAUUCCAGAGCAACGCCUUCUAAAUCCUUUCACGAAUGUCAUUUUCAAGUUAAAGUACGUACCAAGGAAAUUCAAUCAAAAACUGCUUUAAUUUCAAAGGUGUCAUAAAAAUAUGGUGACAUUUGAUAAUGCCUCCAUAAUUGUAUUCAACGUUUGACAAAUUUAAACUCUUAACACUAGUUCCCUGAAGAAAAUAGUGCAUCGCAGUUUUCCAAUUCCAAAUUUUGGUUUCUUACAAAGACUGGCCUUAUUUUGGAUCAUAACAAUAUUCAGUGAUCAUUGGUGUGAAAAUUAAACUGAACGUGAACCACCAUCAGGUUAUUUUGAAAAUACAUUGCACCAUAAUGCAUAAAUAGGGCAUUCUAAUAACUGGGAAAUUUGGGAAAUUUGUGGGGGGCGAUAUUCUAUUAAUACCUUAAUCAAGAUUUCGCUCGCCGUUUGCGGAGCAUCAGCUAAACGUAAUCCAAAUUUUAACCUUAUUCUUUAUCUCUCUUUUAGGCAAGACCAUUGCCUUGAAUUUGUGGAUUAAAAAAUACGGUGUCAUUUGCAACGGAAAAACAAAUCCCUUUUUUAAUUUAUCGAAAAAGAAAUUAUCUUUCCGGAAGGGUGUUUCGGCUUCUCUUUAUACAUUCUAACUUUUGCCAUGGAAAUUAAUCAGUUCGAUUUCUCGCCUUUUGUACGUGUUCCUAAAAUGCGGAUUAACAAGGAUUUUUUGAAAGGAGUAAAACACGACAGAGAAUAUACUGAUUUUAACUUUUUGCCCAGUUAAUCGUGCAUGUAUACGGCAAUUAACAAUGUCGUGUUUGACUUUGCCGCGAAAAAGGAACCCUUCCGGCAAAUGCUAGUUUAAAAUGAUGAAAUAAUCGAUUUACUGCGGAAAUAACAUGGAUGAAAAACGACAACUUUGCCGACGAAGAAUAUGAUUAUAAAUGCCACGCAUUUCUCAGCCAGGUGUUAAGUCGGAAACUGUUUUUGUUCUUUUACUUGCAGUCAUAAAAAUAAUGAACUUGUUAUAAAUGUUCGCGUGUUUCAAGCGCUAUUCUAAAUAAAAUUGUUUGUAAACGAACAUUGAAAGGCUUCCUCAAAACAACGGCUUUUUUCAAUCGUUUAGAUUUACUGCUUCAGGUGGGUUGAAUGAACCACCUUUUAGCUUUGACCUAAACUUGACUAGUAUUCUCUAAUACUGCGUGCAAUAUAAGUUAGCUUCAAUGUUAACAUUAAAAGAAUAUUAUUCUGAAGGCAGAAGUCUUCGUUGGUCUCUGCGAUAUCGCUGGAAUGGAUGACAUUUCCACUUCUGCCUUAGAUGGGAAGGAACGAAUUCUUUGAAGAAACUCAAAAAAAUGCGUGCGCUUAAGGGGGCGUUAUUAUCCGAUAAUCGAUGAGAACAUGAACACGAACACAAGAACACGAAUGAACACGACCUUGUCUCCAGUGACUUUCCCUACUAAAAUAAGAGAAUUCGAAGAACGUCGAUCAAUCACAUGGACUUUUUUUUUCUCUCAUUGGUUCCAGUUUUUUUAGAUAAUUAAUGUAUUUUUCAAAAUAUGUCAGUUAACGCUGUAAUGGUUCAAACUUUUCUACCAGGCGUGAGUAGGAAUGAGAUCGAAGUUUUCGAUCCACAGGCGUGAAACUUGGCAGAUGUACAUUUUAGCAAAUUAUGGAACGUUGCUUUUGCUUUUUAGGGGUUUUUAAAUAGCGCGACGAAACAGCUUAAUCCAUAGAUAAAUUAACGGCAUCUGCAAGAGUCAGGAGAGCUAACAGUAGUAACGAACACAAAAGGUAAUAUAGCGCACUCGCCGUUUUUCUGGUAAACUUUGUAAGGGACAGACAUUAAGCAACAGUCAAGAGAAGGUGUUUUUCAAGUUUCAUUUAUUAAGUACUAGAUAAAUAUUGUAUGCGACCAUUCUGCGGCAGCAAUUUCAGUUUCAAAACAGGAAAAUAUGUAAAAAAAAUAUCAUAUAUAUUUAUCAACGAUCUAAUGGCUUCACUGGCGGGAAUUCGUCUCUAAACUGAACCCUCGUCUGGACACAGAGUAAGAGCGUUCUCACAUGACGUCACAGCGGCCAUAUUGGUGUUCCAAAACAAUGAAACGGCGGCCAUGCUGGUGUACCAAGACUGAAUCCUGUGGGAGUUGAACUCUUUUCUUAUGCAAACACUUUCUUUUGUUCCAAUGAAUUUGCAUAGAUGCUGGCCACGUGAGUGAAAACGCUCUAUAGUUAUUACAGACCUUUUAAGAUUCUAAGAUGAGGACGACCUCGAGUACAAGAUUUUCUCAAUACUCAACCACUGCGCAUGCGUUAACCAGCGUCAUUUUGGCGAGAAAACCGGAUAGCCGUCUUCAUUCUACUACAUGUUUUUGCGAGCCUUUAAUGUUGUAUUGGCGGAGGCAAGUUAUCAAAUGUUAGAAGUUUUAUAAUUUUGCGAUCGGGAGAGGGCUUCAACCUCCUUUUGUCAAAAAUGACCGUGUUAACUUUUCUGAUGAAAAAACUGAGUAAAAAUAAACCUUUCCGUGGUGUCUGGUUUUUGAGAAUAUGCGAAAAAACUUUACUUCAAUCUCGUCUUCGUAGUACUAAGUCCUCCGGCCGGAAUCCGCAAAUUAAAGUUCUCUAUCAGAAGGAAAAAGUAAAAGUUUCUGACUAGUCGUUUCAAACCGUGAAAACUUGAACGUCAUCCUUAAACCUUGCUAUCUCAUAUUUUGACAGAUAUUGACCAGCUCUCUGAUGCCGUCCAGAUCCAAGCAGUUCAAAACAAGACACGCAAUGCUUUGGAAGAAUAUCUUCGCCUUCAUCGACCGCAGGCACCCAGUCGCUUUGGACAGCUUCUCAUAAAGCUUACGUCUCUAGGAGCGGUAGAUCCUAAGAUUCUGGAACAUGUGUUCUUUAAUAAGCUCAUCGGCGGAACAUCAAUUAAUAGCCUUGUGGAUGACAUACUCAGAGCCAACUCUCUUGGCUGGCACAGUAACGUCAAAGCUUCAAUCACGUAAGUCAAGUGUCAACUGGGCCAGAAGUCAGCCAAGUCUCAUUCGCAUUUCAUCUGUCCAGUGUUUAAGACAGGCAAGAUAGACUAGCUCAAGAUUUGAGGCUAAAAGAAAAUUAUAUAUUAGUUGUAUUUGAAAGUAAUGUAACACAGCCAUCGCUGUCCAAGGAAACGGAGAGAGAAGUACAGAGGACAAUAUCUCGUUGAAAACAAGUCGUUUCCCUAAACGUUUUUUUAUGUAAAUUGGCGUUUUUUAGAAGGAAACGAAAAAUAAGUAUAACAGAUUUUUGUAAGGAGUUACUAAAUGAGACUACAAUUUUUUAAGCUCCAGAUUGAAUCGAAAUAGGACGCUUCUGUCAUGAGCUAAUCAAACGCUAGCGAGUUUUAAUGAGGUGUUUAAAGUAAUUUGGAAGUUGCAAGUUUAAGAAAAGUUUCACAAGCGCUUUUUAAUAAAGGGUACAGUUAAAAUGCAAAGAAAAUAUCAGAACGUUGUCUUUUGGUGCCUUAAACCAUGAUUCAGUACUUGACAGAUCACGACUGAAACCGUUAUUCGGUGAACAUCAAUAUCACUAUUGCACUUGAUCAAUUUUCUGAUGAAAGAAUUUAAGUAAAAAACGCUGGAAGGUCGCAAUUCACAGACCAAUGUUAUUUUUUAGUACAAAACGAUUUUCAGCUUAUAUAAUUUGUAGAUAUUUAGUCAGUAACAUUUACUGUAGUAUAAUUGUGGAGAAUAAAGUUUUUUUAUGUUAUCAUUAUCAAAUGGGUCAUAUCUCUCUGUCGAAAUUAGUGUGUUUUAUUUCACACUGCUAACAAAUUAACUAAAGGUGACAAAUUAUUAGUCUGUAUUUUUUUUUUCACGGGUACCUCUGACUUAAGUUCAAAAAGAACAUCUUCCUGACUCAAAGGAGCUAGACGAUAAUGAAUUUGAAAUGAAGGAGAAGUCAAUAAAUUUUGUCAAACAGAACCCAAUUUGGAUCAUUUUGAGGCGAUUUAAUGGUAAAGUCGUACAGUAAAAACCCGCAUAUAAGAAACUAGAAUUUUCAAGGUCAGGCUGAACAGGUUCUUAUAUUUUAGAGUAGUUUUUUCACAAUUCAGGCUGAUUAGUCUUAACAGGUUCUUAUUUUUUGGAGGUUGGUGUGGUGUAACCAUUGGCAGAAAUAUUGUACUUCUCAUACAUAAUGGUUUAUGGAAAACAUAUUUCUGGUAAAAAUCCAAACAAGUAUAUAUUAAAGAAAAUGUAUACACAAUAACUUUGUCAGAAUUUUUUCACACUUGUAUUAGAACCUAUCUUUCUUUGCCAGGCUGAACAGGUUCUAUUUUUUUCCGGUGUUUUAUAUGCCAAAUUUCAGCCUGUGGGUUCUUAAGUCACUAGGUUCUUGCAUGCGGAGUUUUACUGUAUUUCAGGUAUUUUAGAGAAGAAGGGGAACGACAUUCAGGAUUAACUAUUUUGUGAUGCCUGGAUUAGGAACUGUUGCUUUAAAAGAGCGAUAUUCAGCUGCAUUUUCUAAAAGUCCUUGAUUUCAUUUUCACUUCAUUUUUCUCAACUAGUUUUGUUCUUAUCACUUUGUUCUAUAUCCCACUAUGUAGCAGCUGAAGGGCAUUUUCUGCCCGCGAAAUGUAUGUUCGUGAUCGGAAUAAGAUUGUUCGAAUAAAACGGUUUCGUCAGAAUGACUAGAUUUGAGAACCGCCGGUAGGGAACCAUGGGUUUCUAACAGAUAAUUCGGUCCAUUGAUUAGGUUAUUCUGUGUUAUUUGUUCACUAUUGGGGCGCUGAAUCAGUGGAUGCUGUCGCAUGAUCGAGUAAUGUGGUGUCUCUUGUCUUUCUAAAGCGAGAAGGAAACCAAGCGACAUAGCUCUAACUGGCCCUGUUAGGCUGUUAAGAUGAUGGUAAAUUCCAUGACGCACAUGGUCACGUUUCAAAACAAAAGCGCGGGUACCAGACCCCAACACGGGUGACUUAGUGGCCAAUUGAUAGGAAGUUUCGCCAAGCGUUUCUUUUCAGUAAACCACCUGUAAAAUCCACUCAGCGAGUUACAAGAACAAAUCAACAUCGUAUUCUGAGAUCUUUCGCGAGAGGUUUCCGUCGCCAUGUUGGAGAGAAAGUGCGCCACUCGUUCUACGAGGAGAUAUCUGCGUGUCUUAAUCGUCUUCAUAACGGCGUGCGCGGCGAUCGCCGGACUUGGCUUUAUGUUCAAGGAUACGCCGUUUGUGCGGAAUUUGAGAAAACGUUUUAUGAUGGGAAGGUAAGAAAAUGCUUCAUUUCAGCUAUAAAAAUAAAUCUGAGCAUUUAAGAGUCUUCAGCUCAGGAAUGUUUGGUGGUGCAGCAGUUUUAAAUUGAUAGUCAAUAUUUUUAUUGCCGCGGUAACUACAAGUCGAAAUUAAAAUUUAUCAGUUAAUUGAAACAUAUAAACGCGACAUUGUCUACAAGAGAUUGCUUGUACGCAAAAAAAAUUUGUACCUUUCUUUUUACAGCUUCAUAGAAAUUGCUUUAAAACUAAGCAAACCUUCUCUAAGACGGACACCUUUAGAACUGGCACUAUAUUCUUCCCUCUUGAGAGAUGUCCGUCUUAUAGAGAGUCAACUAAAAGGGGUAAAGAAAGGCAGGCACCAACUCCAGGUGUCCGUUUUGGCGGGGUGUCCGUCUUGUGGAGAUUGAACUAA